AGAAGUGGGGGUUCCAGGGCAGGUGUAGCUGCCGCAGUGGGACGACACCCUGACCUCGGCAUGGAGGGGGGCGAGGGGCCCCGGCUCAGAGACUUCCUGAGCAGGAGCCUGGCCACCUGGGCUCUGGGGCUGGCCGGGCUGGUGGGGGAGGCAGAGGAGCCCGAGGGCAAAGAGGAGGAGGAAGAGGAGGAGGAGGAGGAGGAAGAGGGGCCCCUUUGCCCCCAGAAGAGGUUCUUGCAACUCUGCGAUGGCGCCCUGCUCCUCCGAGUGCUGGGCAUCAUAGCCCCCAGUUCCCGAGGGGGACCUCGAAUGGUCAGCGGCCAUGAGGGUCCCGCGGCCAGGCGCGUGCGGAACCUGAACCACCUGUGGGGCCGACUGAGGGGCUUCUACCAGGAGGAGCUGCAGCUGCUGAUUCUGUCGUCACCCCCAGACCUCCAGACUUUGGGGUUUGAUCCCUUCUCAGAGGAGGCACUGGAGGGCCUGGAGAGCAUCCUGCGGCUGGUGCUGGGGGCGUCGGUGCAGUGCGAGCACCGGGAGCUCUUCAUCCGGCACAUCCAGGGCCUCAGCCUCGAGGUCCAGAGCGAGCUGGCCGCUGCCAUCCAGGAGGUGACCCAGCCCGGGGCAGGCGUGGUGCUGGCGCUGGCAGGACCGGAGCCUGGGGAGCUGACGUCUCCAGAAGCGGAGAUGCUGUCCCGGAGCCUGAUGGGGUCACUGUCAAGGCUGGCAUGGGAGCGGGACCUGGGCGCCCAGCGGCUGGCCGAACUGCUGCUGGAGCGGCAGCCGGUCCCUCUCCUGCCCGAGGCUCCAGCUAGGGCUCCCCCAGAAGGCCCCUCGCACCACCUGGCGCUGCAGCUGGCCAAUGCCAAGGCCCAGCUGCGGCGCCUGCGACAGGAACUGGAGGAGAAGGCCGAGUUGCUGCUGGACUCCCAGGCGGAGAUGCAGGGCCUGGAGGCCGAAACUCGAAGGCUCCGCCAGGAGACCCAGGCCCUGACGGGACAGGCCAAGCGCGCCGAGCUGUACCGCGAGGAGGCGGAGGCGCUGCGGGAGCGGGCCGCCCGCCUGCCCCGCCUGCAGGAGGAGCUGCGGCGCUGCCGGGAGCGGCUGCAGGCGGCGGAGACUUGCAAGGGCCAGCUGGAGGAGGAGCGGGUGCUCUCGGGGACCCUGGAGGCCUCCAAGGCGCUGCUGGAGGAGCAGCUGGAGGCCGCCCGAGAGCGAUGUGCUCGGCUGCACGAGACCCAGCGUGAGAACCUGCUGCUGCGCACCCGGCUGGGAGAGGCCCACGCGGAACUGGACUCCUUGCGGCAUCAGGUGGACCAGCUGGUGGAGGAGAACGUGGAGCUGGAGCUGGAGCUUCAGAGGAGCCUGGAGCCACCCCUGAGCUCUCCUGGGGAGGCACCCCUGCCAGGAGCAGCCCCCUCGCUGCGGGACGAGGUGAGGGAGGCAGAGGCUGGGCGGCUGCAGACCUUGGAGCGGGAUAAUCUGGAGCUGCGCAGCCUGCUGCAUAUGCUACAGGUGCAGCUGGCUCACCAGCACCCCCUGCUGGAGGAGCAGAGCGAGGACUCCACGGUUCCAGAGCAGGACGGAACUCCCCAGGCUCCCCUGGUCCCAGAUCCCAGCCCCCAGUGCUUGGCUCCUCAGGUGGGGGAUGGAGGCCCCCAGGACUUGGACCUGGCUCUCCAGGCAUCAGACUCAGCCCUCCAGGGGUCAGAUGAGUGCCCCCAGGCACCUGAUUCAGACACAAAGACUGCCAGGGCUCCCCAGACCCCGGACACGACCCCCCAGGUGUCAGGUCUGGCUGUGGAGACAGGGAAGACCCUGGAGAAGCCUGGCCAUGGAGUCCCUCUCCAGACUGUGGCUUCUACUGUGGCCCCAUCUCAGAGUCCAGAGAUAAAUAUUCAGGCCCAGCUGUUGCAGGGAGGAGACACUGGGAAAAGAGAGCCUCCCCAAGGGGGGAUGGAACUUGUGUCCCGAGAGCUGAAACAGGAGGGCCCUGGGCUCAAGCUGGGGGAGCAGGAGACCCUGUGCCAGGGACUGGACCUAUCCAAGGGGCAGACAGAAGCCAGAGAGCAUGAACUGAGGCUGGAGGGGGCAGCUGGGGAGCUGGCCCAGCCAAAACCACAGCGGGGGUCUGACGAGGCUCCUCAGACCCAGGCCUGGGAGGGGCCGAUGCCAGGGGAGACCCAGGCCAGUGGGGUUCCAGAGCAGGAGACCCUGAGGGAGGAGGUGGCACAGCUGAAGAGGGAGGCUGAGGCCCUCCGAGCUGAGCUGGAGGCCCAGGCCCAAAGGCUGGAGGCCCGAGGCUCAGAGGCCGCCCGCCUCUCCGAGGAGCUGGCCCAGGCACGGAGGGCAGAGGCUGAGGCCCACCAGGCGGCGGAGGCCCAGGCUGGAGAGCAGGCCCGGCUUCGAGAGGCAGCGGAGGCUGCUGGCCGCGAGCUGGAGGCCGCGAUGAGGGAGCGGGAGGCUCUGGGGGAGGCACUGGCAGCGGCAGGCCGUGAGCGGCGGCAGUGGGAACGCGAGGGGCCCCGGCUGCGGGCCAAGGCCAAGGCGGCUGAGGAACGGCUGCAGGCGCUGGAGAAGGAGUGCCGCCAGCAUGUGGAAGAGGCCGAGGGGGAACGCCGGGAGAAGCAGGCCCUCCAGGAGGAGCUGGACAAAGCCGUGGUGCGGAGCCAGGAGCUGGGGUCCCGGCUGGAGGGUCUGCAGCGUGAGCUGGAGCAGGCGGCUCUGGAGCGCCAGGAGUGGCAGCUGGCACAGGAAUUGCAGCAUGAGAGGUAUCAGAGCCUGGAGCAGAGGCUGGAAGUUGAGCUGCAGGUGGCGGUGACCUCCAAGGAGGAGGCGCUGGCGGCGCUCAAGGAGAAGGCCCAGCAGCUGGAAGAGGAGCUGCUGCAGCUGCGCCAGGGCCCUGCACCCGAGGAGAAUGCUGGGCCCAGGACCCUGGAGACCCAGAGUGGGCGGCUCAUCGAGGUGGAGCGCAGUAAUGCCACACUGGUGGCGGAGAAGACAGCUCUACAGGGGCAGCUGCAGCAGCUGGAGGGGCAGCUGGGGGGCCUGCAGGGGCGCGCCCAGGAGCUGCUGCUGCAGAGUCAGCAGGCGCAGGAGUACAGCAACCGCCUGCAGGCCGAGAAGGCCAUGCUAGAGCUGCAGGGCCAAGAGCUGCACAGGAAGCUGGGGGUGCUGGAGGAGGAGGUGGACGCGGCCCGGAAAGCCCAGGAGGAGACCCGCGGGCAGCAGCAGGCCCUGCUGCGGGACCAUGAGGCCCUGGCCCAGCUGCAGCGGCGGCAGGAGGCCGAGCUUGAGGGGCUGCUGGCCCGGCAUCGCGACCUCAAGGCCAACAUGCGGGCACUGGAGCUGGCCCACCGGGAGCUGCAGGGCCGGCACGAGCAGCUGCAGGCCCAGCGGGCCAACGUGGAGGCGCAGGAGAUGGCCUUGCUGGCGGAGCGGGAGCGCCUGCUGCAGGAUGGUCAUCGGCAGCGGGGGCUGGAGGAGGAGCUGCGGAGGCUGCAGAGCGAGCAUGACAGAGCUCAGAUGCUGCUGGCAGAGGUGUCCCGGGAGCGAGGGGAGCUGCAGGGCGAGCGCGGGGAGCUGCGGGGCCGGCUGGCGCGACUGGAGCUGGAGCGGGCGCAGCUGGAGGCGCAGAGCCAGCGGCUGCGUGAGUCCAACCAGCAGCUGGACCUGAGCGCCUGCCGGCUGACCACCCAGUGCGAGCUGCUGACACAGCUGCGGAGUGCCCAGGAGGAGGAGAACCGGCAGCUGCUGGCCGAGGUGCAGGCCCUGAGCCGGGAGAACCGGGAGCUGCUGGAGCGCAGCCUGGAGAGCCGGGAUCACCUGCACCGGGAGCAGCGCGAGUACCUGACCCAGCUCAAUGCCCUGCGCCGCGAGAAGCAGAAGCUGGUAGAGAAGAUCAUGGACCAGUACCGCGUGCUGGAGCCUGGGCCCCUGCCCCGGACCAAGAAGGGCAGCUGGCUGGCAGACAAGGGCCCCCCUCACCAGCACCCAUGCGCCGGGCCCGAAGCUCCCUUUGCCUGCGGGAUGAGACCCUGGUGGGUGGGCAGCGGCGGAAACUCAGCUCCCGCUUCCCUGUGGGACGAAGCUCCGAGUCGUUCAGCCCCGGAGACACUCCCCGCCAGCGAUUCCGCCAGCGCCGCCCGGGGCCCCUGGGAGCGCCCAGCUCCCACAGCAAAGGACCCACCGUGGAGUGGGACGGCUCCAUCGAGACCUUGGCAGAACGUGACGCAGAUGCCGGCGGAGAAGGCCUUCCAGAGGAGGCGAAGUCGGAGCCAGGACUUGGAGACCAUGAAGUUCAGGAACCAGAGAAACCCCGCCUCACCCCUUCUCUCAGCCAGUGACACCGGGUGCACGGGGAACUUGGGAGUGCCACCCUCUCGUCGCUGGAGCCUCAGUGGGGGCCCCAGCCGGCCCAAGAGCUCGGGGAGUCAGGAUGCCCGAGAGGAGGCCUUGAACAAGGAGGCCUGGGCCCUAGGGCCCCACACCGCCAGCCUGAGGGCGCUCACAUGGGACCGGGAUGAACGUCUGCCCAGGGGCACGGACUGGCCCCCACGAUCAGCUCCUUGCCAGGGCCCUAACUCUGCCGCACAGCUCCCAUUAAGGCGGCGGACUCUGGGGGUGCCCCCGGUGGAGGAAGGUUGGCAGGAGUGGGCGAGAGAGCCCCCCGCCUGGUGCAGGUGGGGAGCCAAGGACCAUUCCCUGGGGCCUGGGGCCUGGGCCCAUCUCUGAGCUUGGCUGGGAUGUGAGGGACGUGAGAAUAAAGCAGGACACAACCACCGA